AAUUUAAUCGCGAAUCCAUAGUGACAAGCAAUUUUUCGACGGGAAUGCAAUGGUCAUCAUGUAAAUUAAUUUGAACCAAGUUAAUUGUCACUUCGAAGGCUAGCAACUGGUUUUAGAUGGAUUUGUCUAUCUCCCACUCAAUACCCUUAUAGGAUGGGAACUUUGCCAUCAUUUGUGAAAUACAUGUCCAAUUAGUAGGUGGAUUUAAGUGUUGCGCGUGAAGCGCAAGUGUGAUUUUUUCAUAUCUUCAUCGCAAAAAUCAAACUUGUUUGCUACUUAAUAAAGCCAGCCUUCGGUUUGGGCUCGAGCGUGACCAUCCCAACCGAAGUUCAGGUAGUAUUCAUUCAACCACAGGCAGGUCAUCAUGUCGUACCGUUUGUGCGCGAUAUUCUCGGUUCUAAUCGUUCAUUUAGCCAACGCGGCACCUCAAAGUUCUCCAACUAUCGUUCCACAAAUCCGCACUAAUGGCUUUCAACUGGAGCCUCUUAACCAGGAGUACUUCCUCAGAAUUGAACAUCCGGGUGGCACUAUUCGGCAGGAAACUGUAAAACAGAAUGAAGCCGGUCACCUACAAGUCAAUGGAGUGAUUAAUCAACCCUUCGAGGAUCAGGGAGCUAAUCUUGUUCUGACCUAUGAGGCAGGUCCGAACGGAUACGUUGCCAAAUACAGUUUUGGCAAAGGUCCCCCAACGCCCCCGCCACAGACUCCAUUAUUUCUCAGUCCCGGUGCCCUAAAAUCCGCAGCUGGAUAGGUUUUUUUGUUAAGUGUGCCUUAAAUAAAAUAAGAAAUUUACAAACGAGAUUAACACUUUGAAUUGCAAAACAAAAGUGAAAUUUUUUAAGAUGUCAAAAAAAAUAAAAAAUUUGUAUUAAAAAAUGUUUUUUAACGAAA